GAAGCAGGAACCACCGGGACCGGGAGAAUCGUCUAUAAUGAGACCGCUGCUGCUGCGCUGCUCGCUGGGCUGCUUGGUGACAGGUUUCGGCUCUUUCUCCGCCUCUCGCAGUAAAGUGGUCACACAAGCAGCACCUCUUCUGUGUUAUCUGAGAAAAACGAUGCACUAUCAAACGGAGCAGAGAGGACACCCGAAUUCUCCCGACUACCGGCUAUACUUUAAAACGUCUGAAGGGAAAUACGUUUCACCAUUCCAUGAUAUUCCACUUAUAGCAGAGACACAACAGGACAAUGACGUGCCAGCUAAAAAACCCAAGCGGAAUGAGAGUGAGGUUCUCUACAACAUGGUUGUGGAGGUACCUCGAUGGUCAAAUGCCAAAAUGGAGAUCGCAACAAAGGAAGCGCUGAAUCCGAUCAAACAAGAUGUAAAGAAAGGAAAGCUCCGAUAUGUUGCCAACGUAUUUCCCCAUAAAGGUUACAUUUGGAACUAUGGAGCACUCCCACAGACGUGGGAAGACCCAAACCACAAAGACAAAGAAACAAAGUGCUGUGGCGAUAAUGAUCCUAUUGACGUCUGUGAUAUCGGCACCCAGGUUUGCUCUCCAGGUCAGGUGAUCCAAGUAAAAGUGCUCGGCAUCUUGGCCAUGAUCGAUGAGGGAGAAAUGGACUGGAAGGUUAUUGCGAUCAAUGCUAAGGACCCGGACGCCAAAAACCUAAAUAGUAUAGACGAUGUCCGCAAGAGCCGACCAGGUCAUUUAGAGGCCACUGUUGACUGGUUUAGGAAAUAUAAGGUGCCUGAUGGAAAGCCUGAGAAUCAAUUUGGAUUCAAUGGACAAUUCAAAGACAAGGAUUUUGCAGUUGAGAUCAUUAAGUCCACCCAUGAGCACUGGAGGGCACUAGUGCAGAAGCAAACGAAUCCUGGAGGGAUUGAAUGCAAAAAUGUCUCUUGCUGUGAGAGCCCGUUCAAAUGCAGCGCUGAUGACGCCAGAGAGGUUGUCCAGUCGGCCCCUGCAUUUGGCAGCGCACACCCUGUGCCAACAGAGGUGGACACGUGGCAUUUUGUCUGAAGCCCCCAAAGCAACACGGAAACCAUCGAAACGUCUUAACAUCUAAUCAAGGAGUACCAGUUCUGCUGUGUCUUUUACAUGCAGCCGGAUUUAUUUUUUCUACGCACUCUGCCUCAGCUGUAUAUAGUGCCAUCUACAUUUAACAAAUUGUUGAAGAAAAGAAAAAUACCCAGUAUGAGCCAGUAAAGACGUGCUGUUGUAAUGCUCAGUAAAGAACCAGUGAGGUGUAUUUUUGGGUGUCAUGUUGACCACAGAUGGAUUAAUUAUUGGUUAAAAAAAAUAAAAUUAUAUAUAUAAAAUUUUCAGAGAUUAGUUGCAGAAAUAAUUGGUCUACUUUCUAUUAUAUUGUAAAUUACACUUUAUUGUCUGUUUUCAAUAUUUGUGUGACUGAUGUCAAAGUCCAGCCUUGGAUGAGACUGAAAGUGUUGCUCUGAUUUGCCUUUACAAAUGCAAUCGGUCUGUCCAUGCAGCUACAAACAACACAGCUCAGUUUGUAACAAGUUUCUCUUAUUUGGGUAAAUAAAAGAA